GAAUCAGGUGACGAACUUUGGAGGUGAAUGUUUCUCUUUUGUUGUGAUUGUGUUUAUCUUGGCUUAGCGGAACUUUGGAGGUGAAUGUUACUGUUUUGUUGUGUUUGUGUUUAUUUUGGCUUAGCGUACGCGAAAAGACAGCGCGGUGCACGAGGAAACUGUUUUCUGCUGUGAAUUCAUUUGCGGAUGAAGCAUCUGCGUCUAUGAUUCUGUGUAGCCCGUUUAGUAACCUUGGUAUGUAGAGAGUCGUGGCAACAUGUACAAGGAACCAGUCUCGCCAGUGCGUCACCGUACUUUGCUACGAUGUGCUGAUUGCCUCACAAAGCAGCAGUUAAAGAGUCUAUCCAGGGAGAAUGUAAAAAACUGCUGUAUGUCAACAGCUCCAGGGUGACAGCUGAAGUAGUUGCAUUAACUUUAAGCAUGUUUCCAAGAAACCACAAAAUAGUGAAGUUCUCUGACCUUGACUCAGAUGUUCAGGAGCUCAUCAGAACAGCUGUUUCUUAUAGGCAGAAAGCUCACUGCCCAUACAGUAAAUUUCCAGUAGGAGCAGCGUUGAAGUGUGAUGACGACUCUGUGUUCGGUGGUUGUAAUGUUGAAAACGCCGCAUAUGGUUCCAGUAUAUGUGCUGAACGCACUGCAAUUGUGAAAGCCGUAAGUGAAGGCAAAAAGCUGUUCAAGCAUUUUGCGAUAACGGGAGAUGUAACUCAGGGAUUUAUAUCGCCCUGUGGCUCAUGUCGUCAAGUGAUGGUUGAAUUUGGAACAGACAUGAAAGUCUAUUUGGCAAAGCCAGAUUUUUCAGAUGUUCUAGUGACAGAUAUGGACGCUAUAUUGCCUCUAGCGUUCAUUCCACUGUCAAUGCCUAAGUGAAGUACAGUGUACAAGGCUAUGUUAAUCACAGACACUGAAAGAAAGGAAAGAACCGUAUAAUCUUUCAUCAACAAGUAAUUGUCAUCUUUUCUCUCAGAUUGAUGAUAAUUGUUUAUUGCAAUAAUAUCUGCAUAAUUUUGUUUUGACAGUGUACUAUUUAAAAGAGCAUGAUCUGUUAUAAUAAUGCAGUAUCUCUGUAAAAUAAUUUUUUGUGAUGGUUUUGGCAUAUAUAAUACAGAAUUUUAUGAAU